AGGUGUAAAUCCAAACUAGAUCCACACACACUCCCGUUCACACCAGGCUCUGGAGGCAUAAUUGUAAGAAAACUGCAGACUGAAGCAGAAGGGACCUGUAGGGACGAACUGCCUCAUUUCAGAGGAGCUUUCCCCAGACAACCAUAGAGCUCUUUAAAAAAGCUGCCACAAAUACUGGCAGCUUAUCAAUAAAAAAAACACCUGAGGAACAAAAGCAUUUUUUAACAAACCCCCUGAAAACGGGUCGUCUGCCAUUAUGUGGGUCAGCUCUGGAACCCUAUCUGCUGUGGUGAUUUACACACUUUCUAACCGGAGUCCUUUGGCAUGAACAGUGGCUGUCUGUUUAAUUUGGGGGAAGUGCUCAGCCAACCUGAAAGGCUUUAAAACAACGGGGGCUCAGUGAGUGUCUCUGCGGCCCAGAGGGAGGACGGAGACUCUUUGCAGGUAGUUUUAUUGGGUCCAGGCUGAGGGGGGGGGGUCACCAUGCGCUCCCUGUCUCUGCUGUGGCUCUGGGCGUCCUUCGGCCUGCCCUGGGCCUCGCCGCCCGCGCUCCUAGUGGAGGGGGACACGGACGGCUCCCGAAUCUGCAAACCGGCCCCCCACUGGGACAUAAAGGGCCAGGCGCCCAUGCAGGGGGUGCGGGGGACCGUGGCCGUUGUGGCCCUGCUGAAGGCCAGCUGACAGUUCUGCCUCAUUCAGGCCUCCAGGUGAGAGGAGGGACCAACCAAACCCGUUCGUCCCCCGUCCACAGACUCGGAGGCCUGCGUGACAAACUGACCCGCAGCAACCUGACGGAGGUGUCCUUCAUGAUCGUGAACGACGGGGAGCUCCACUCCAGAGCCAUGUACAGGGAGCUGAGCAGAGCGGCGCCCGGCGGGGUCCCCGUCUACCAGCAGUCCGUCCUUCAGAAAGACGUCUGGGAGACGCUGGACGGGGACAAAGACGAUUUCCUGAUCUACGACAGGUGUGGUCUUCUCACCUUCCAUAUCGUGCUGCCCUACAGCUUCCUGAAUUACCCUUAUGUGGAAGCGGCUAUCAGGGCCACUUAUAACAGAGACAUCUGCAACUGCUCUUCUAAUUCCACCUCGUUAAGAAGCCUGGACGUCUCCGUGAAAAACGCUUCGGGUCAGUUUAACGUGAACCGCACGGCUGCAGCUGGUCUGGAGGAGGAGGUCACACCCUCCGGCCGAGCCGCUGACCACAGCCACCAUCCCCAUCACGACCACCGUCUCCAUCACACCAGCCAUCAGGACCGGUCAGACGAUGACAAAAACCUGAACAGUACGGCUCCUCAUCAGGCUGACGGUCACCAUCACCAUCACCCACCCCGUCAGCAGGACUAAUCCCAGCCAACAUCAUUACAUAUGAAAGAGUUUUACUUUGUUUUAAUUGCCUUCUCCUAUCUUAAGCUUGUUAUGUUGUGAUAAAUUAGACUUCUAAUUAGCUGAAGUGAUUAAAUGUCUUGGUUUUGGAUUUAGAUAUGCAGGUAAACAGCGGAUGCGUCUAUUUUAAACAGCAGUCUCUUUGGGAUUUCUCUGUUGGCAUUUGCACAGCCCACCUCCUCUGUCUGGAUGAAGUAGCCGGGCCUUCUCAUCAUCUCCCAUUAAUGAAGUCCACAGUGUAAAACCUGCCUGCAGGGGGCUGUGGAUUGAUGCAGGGGAGAGAAGCCAGGCGGCCGGGUGUUACACUCACCAGGACAGAGGAUGGUUUAAUGCAGCUACACAGGUUAUUCUUUAAAAUUGAUUGUUUUCUGCUCACUUUGAACAGUUAUUUCUGCCUUCUUUUUUUUUUACUGUGACCCUCAUCAAAUAAAAACACUGAGGUAUUUAAAAAAUUGCUAAAAAACAUAAAUUAGUUGCAUUAAACAUCUAUUACCAUUAUUUUAAAUCAUUCUGAACAGAUAUAUUCGUCACCCAGUUCUCACAUUUCAAACUUUUUCCUGUAACGGAGUGUCUAGAUUGCCAUUACUGUUCUAAGAUGAAACAUAACAAAUAGAAAUGUUCCUCUAUCUAAUGUCUGAAGUCUGUGAAGAAUAUUUAUCACUGUUUCUUAGAAGAAAACAAGGAUUUCUGUUCAGAUGGGACGUAAAUGACAAUAUUUGUAAUGAUUUUACUGUCAAAUGUCGACCUCAUGUCUACAUCCUGUCAGCAAAAUGUUGAGCACUAUAAAUAACACUUUUAGGAGG